CAUGGAUAUUUUCAAGGUUUUAAUCAUCUUUGGUGUUUUUUCUAUAUUUAAAUUUUCGGAGGCAAAAAAGCCUAAUAUAAUAUUUAUAUUGGCUGAUGACUAUGGUUGGCAAGAUAUUGGAUAUCACAGCAGUGAUAUAAGAACACCAACUUUGGAUAAAUUAGCAGGUUCUGGUAUCCGCCUUGAGAAUUAUUACGUUCAGCCUAUAUGUACGCCCACCAGAUCUCAAUUAAUGUCAGGCAGAUAUCAAAUACAUACUGGACUACAACACGGCAUUAUAUGGCCUACGCAACCGAAUGGUUUACCCUUAUCUGAUCCAACAGUUGCCGAUAAACUAAAAGAGGCUGGGUAUUCAACUCAUAUGGUGGGAAAAUGGCAUCUGGGUUUUUAUAAAGAAGAAUAUUUACCAAUUAAUAGGGGUUUUGAUUCGUACUAUGGCUAUUUAACGGGUUCAGAAGACUAUUAUACUCAUAAGAGAUGCGGUGGUACACCACCCUCAAAUGACUUCUAUUGUGGGCUUGAUUUAAGGAAUAAUAAAGAGCCUGUUAGAAAUGAAACAGGACAUUACUCAGCCGAAUUGUUCGGCGAAAAAGCUAUUCAAGUAAUAAAAGAUCAUAAUAAGAAUAAUCCAUUAUUUCUUUAUAUGGCUUUUCAAUCUGUUCACGCUCCACUUCAAGUUCCAGAAAGAUAUCUUAAAUAUUACAAACAUGUACAGGAUAAAGAUAGACGAACUUAUGCAGGCAUGGUCACGGCCAUGGAUGAAGCUAUUUUUAAUUUAACUGAGCAAUUAAAAGCUAAAGGCAUGUGGGACGAUACAAUUCUCGUUUUUUCAACCGAUAAUGGCGGUCAGUUCCACGCAGGCGGAAGCAACUGGCCAUUAAGAGGUAUGAAAGCUACACUUUGGGAAGGUGGAAUGAGAGGUAUAGGGUUUGUUCAUAGCAAACUAAUACCAGAAAAUAGAAGGGGAACAGUUUCAAAAGAGCUCUAUCACGUCACCGAUUGGUUUCCAACAUUUGUCAAAGGUGUAGCUAAAGGAUCACUUAAUGGAACCAAGUUGGACGGUCAUAAUAUAUGGGAUAGUAUUGUUCACGGAAGAGUGAGCCCUAGGCAUGAAAUAUUACACAACAUAGAUAUUCUAACCCCAAAAUCUGGAAAACCAAUAUUUCCCAACUACUUCGAUACUUCUAUAAGAGCGGCAUAUAGAUACAGGGAUUGGAAAAUAAUAACAGGAAAUCCAGGAGCUGGAAUAUGGUACCCAAAACGAUUUGCAACUAACACAAGUUCCACUCUAUUUGAAAAACAUAAUGAACAAGGAAAAAAUUGCUGGCUUUUCAACAUAAGAGAUGACCCUGAGGAAAGAGUUGACCUUUCACUAAAAAGGCCAGAAAUGGUCAAAUUUUUGUUAACUAGGUUGAGUUUAUUGAAUGAGACAGCAGUGCCUGUUAGAUAUCCCGCUGCUGACCCUAAAGCAAAUCCUGAACUUCAUGGCGGUGUCUGGGGACCUUGGAGAAAAUGA